AUGCCUACUCCCACGAAGACCGACGAUCCUGUCCCAACCAUACGGAAGCGAGGAGCGAGAGGAUCGGAUCAUGCCUAUAGCACGGCAGCUUGUCUUGUUUUGUCCAUGGACAGGACCAAUAGCAUAGUCUGGAUAUCGGGAUUGCAGGUGCGUCCCGUCGUGGUGGGACAGGUACGUUGGAUUGUGCAUGUCACCAGUUCUCAAGUCUACAUGCAGGUGGUUCAUGUGACGCCUGCCGCCCCUAUUUUCAGGGGUUGA